AUCAAACUUUUGACGAAUACAUACAUCCCCAGAACUGACUUACACCACCUAACUAUUCACACAUGCACGCAAGAUGUCUCACACCAACGGCGCAAACGCUGCAAAUCGCCAACGCGACACAAUCGCCAACUCCCUGAUCCUGCUCCUCAAGAAGCUCGAUCCCCAACUCGACAUCUCCCACUUCGCGAAACACGAACUCCCACGACGCGGCGACAUUGAUCAAGGACAGCUCACAGGUAACCUCACAGGUAGCCAUACUCGCAUACCCGCCCCUCCCCCAUCCCCGUCCACUCGAUACAUCUGUGGGCAGGAAUCUCUACCGACUGGGGAGGAAUGUGCGGUUGGUGGACAGGAGUUCAACGUCAACCCCACGACCCCCGAAGCACGCGAAGAAGCGCAAUGGGCGCUCGCAGGCAGCGCAGCAUCGAUGCACGGGCAACCACGCGGAAGGGACUGGGUCAGCGGUGUGACAGCAUUCGCACUCGCAGACUUCAUCCUGGAAAGACUGGACUUGGAGGGCAAGGCGUACUCGAGCUCCGCGUAUGAGGAGUUGCAGGGGAGACAGGGUGUUCAGAGGGUAUAA